UAUUCCUUUAGUGUCAUAAAAGCAACUCAAUAAGCAGUUAUGGAGGUCGACCCCACUUCUCAAUUACGCACUUCGGAAGAAUUAACCAAGAAACGUUUUGAGAUUAAAAAAUGGAACGCAGUAGCCUUGUGGGGCUGGGACAUUGACGUCGAUACCUGCGCUAUUUGUCGCAAUCAUACAAUGGAACUUUGUAUUGAGUGUCAGGCGAACCAAACCUCUUCAACUGCUCAAGAAUGUGUUAUAGCCUGGGGAGUGUGCAACCACGCUUUUCACUUUCAUUGCAUCUCAAAAUGGCUUAAAACUCGUGAGGUCUGCCCUUUGGACAAUCAAGAGUGGGAAUUUCAACGUUACGGCCGUUAACUGUAUACCAGCCAGCUAUUAUGUUAAAAAUAAAAAAAC